GUCACAGACAUUGCUGAUGCUAUGAUACUGAAGCGGCUGUUUAUGGAACUGUUUAAGAAUGGUAUUGUGGUGGUGGCCACCUCCAACAGACCACCAGAUGAUCUCUACAAAAAUGGUUUACAAAGAGGAACUUUUCUGCCAUUCAUAGGAAUUUUAAAGAGUCACUGUAAAACACUUAACCUGGACUCUGGAAUAGACUACAGAAUGACAGUUGGUCCAGCAGAAGGCAAGAUUUACUUUUUGACCUCUAACAGUGAGGCUGACACACACCUAGACCACAUAUUUGAUCACCUAAGUGCUGAGGAAGACCAAGAUCCUGGUCCAAGGGAGAUAAUCGUCCUGAAACGGAAACUUCUAUUGCCCAAGACAUGUGGCGGUGUGCUGGACACGGACUUUAACAGUAUGUGUGCACAGCCUCUUGGUGCAAUAGAUUACCUGGAAAUAAGCCAAAAUUUUGACACUGUAAUUGUAAGGAAUAUACCACGAAUGUCACUUAGUCGCAAGUCAGAAGCUCGAAGAUUCAUCACACUCAUUGACACCCUAUAUGAUAAAAAG